GAACUAGGUUAUCUAAAUAACGCCAUUCACAAUUCUAAGUAUCACGCUAUGUUCAGAGAAUUUGACGAUACAGGUAUAUGAAUUCGAAAUCCGUUAUUUAAUUCUCAUUGUUGAUUCACGGCCAACGAACGACCAAGACUCUGAGGUUUUAACAUCAAAUAUAUGGAUUUUCAGAAAAAAAGAAGAUAGAUAUCUAGACCUGUUCCGGCUGUUCGACUUUUCUGCCAAGUUACGUCGCCAUAAUGAUACGAAAAGAAGAUCAUCUGUCUCAAUUCGGCAAUGAGAUUGAUAAAAUCAUUACAACACCACACAUUAAAGGUGAGGUCGUAGAACUUUUAUUACCUGAGGACAGAAGAAGAUGGGUCAUCACAGGGAUAGCUUUACAACACGUAGUUGCACCAUUGCUUAGAGACUAUGUCGGACCAGAAGUAGCUAGGAUAUAUAACAAUCUGAAGAAAACCUCUAAAGUUGACCAGCAAUCCGGUACCACCAAGUUACAGUCCUAUAAUGGCAGUAGACCACUCCAGUAUCGAAAUAUAAACGCUAAUGAACAACGAAGCAAUCCUCAAUAUGAUUACCGGAUUAAGAACUAUGUUGAUUUCUCAAAGUUGUUCCUACAGACUCACAUGGCCAAAUUCACAGCGUUCGAUGAAUCGUGUGAUCCUUCUGCUCUAUUGGGACUCCUUAUUAACAUCCCUGGCUUCUCCAAAGUCGUCAAAACAAAUGCUGGAGAUAUCCGUAAUUUACGAAAUGAUUGGGCACAUUGCAACUUCAAUGAAUGGACUGAAGUGAAAUACCUGAACGCAUUUGCGAAUGCAGAAAAGUUUAUAAGAUGUCUUCAAUUUUUGCCUAAGAAAGAAAAGAAAGCACUCAGUGACUUAAAAAACUGGCAAAACGAUGGUGUGAAGUUUUUCUCUACUCCAUGGAUUGAUGUAAAACUCUGUGAACGGAUACAGACAACCACCAGGACUUUAGCUAAGCUCACGCUUGACGAGUCAAGUUCUUUAAGGACUGAGAUAUUGGCGGUGGAAACAUCUUUGAAAACUGCAUUGCUCCAAUUUAACGAGAGGCUUGAAAAUGUGGAGAAGAAACAAGGAGAAGACACAAAAAGGGUUGAACAUGAACUCAAAAAGACCUCAAAGACAGUAACAGAAUUGGGUGAAAAGGUAGAGACUGUAGAUAAAAAUGUGAAUGUAUUAGGGGCUGGACUCACAAAGGUCAGUAUUGAUCAGGUUAAUGUUAAAGAGAAAGUGGAUAGGUUGCACACAAGAGUAGGGGUUGUAGAGGAUAAACUAGCCAGUCCUUUUUACUCUAACAAUCCAUGGUUUGAUGCUCCAGAUAGGAACUCAAAUUUUUCAGGGAGGUUGGAAGAGUUGGGUUUGAUUAGGUCUAGAUUAGAGGAUAAUAAUCAGUUUGACAUUGUCGGACUAUGUGGUCUUGGUGGUUGUGGAAAGAGUACACUGGCUAAUGAAGUUGCAUGGCAACUAAAAAAAUUCUAUUCAGGUGUAUUCUGGAUCUCGGCAGAGAGUUCAGAAAUAUUUGAGAACUCUCUCAAUAGAAUUGCUUUAGAAUUGCAAGUAUAUGGCGAUAAUUUUAAACAAAAGCUCGAUGCCGUCGUAAAGUGGUUGAAGGGGAUUGAGACACCUUGGUUGUGUAUAGUAGACAACCUUGACCUAAGGGAACUGAGUGCUGGAAUGAAGACAUUGCUGAUGGGAUCUUGGAGGCGAGAGAGCAAAGGUCAUAUCAUUGUUACAACCAGAAGAGAGCCUAUUGAACUACAUCAAGAUAUAAAUAUAGAAGAAUCAGCUUGUGUUCCCGUCGGACCUUUUACUAUGGAGGAAUCCAUAUCAUUCAUGGUAAGAAGGUCAGGAUAUUCUUCAAAUGAAUGCUUAGAACAACUUGUCAAAGAUUUAGGCUUUU